GACACACACACAUAGACACACACACACAGAAACACACACACGCUGUUCAGGAAAGAUGGCGGAGUCAAAGCGAACAUCUGAACCCAUCAACUUUGUGCAUCAGGAUGAAAUCUGGAAAGCACACGUUAACAUGGAGAAGGAUUCAGCUGAAAUCUGGCCCAACAAGUGGGGCUUCCUGACUGAGGUUUACAAAGAGUACAAGCUGGAGAAUGUGAAGCUGAAAACAAGCGUCCGAGUGGAGCCUCCUCUUCAACUGGUCCCACUGCCUGAGACCCCCCCAGAGAAAUCCAUCCAGGUUGGCCCCUCCCCUCCAGUCCCGCAGACAACUCAGGCCCUGAUUGGCUGGCGUUCGGGCCGCUCCCAUCUGCAACUGGAGAAGUACGGCCCAGUGCAUCAUGGGAGACGUAGUCUUCUGAAGGAGCUGGGCUGGCCUCUCGACGCUUGCUGAGUGGAUGAUUCCCCUAGUGGUCACUGCUGCUCAUUGAUGCUGCCUCAAUAAUCACUAAUUAUCAGUAUGGAUUAUUAUUGAAUGUAGAUUAAAAAACACUAAUGGAACAUUAAUAUGAUUGAGUGUCGAUGUACAAACAUGAAGGAGACUGUGUGUAGAUCUUGGAAGUUCUUCACUCUCUAACUGGAUCUUGACUUUUAAACAUAAUCAUAAUAUUAUUAUUAACUGUAAAAAUGUGUGCAUUGUGGAAUUAUACAAAAUACAGUAUUUAUAGAUAGGAUUAUUGUCUUUUUUUACAUUUUCUUACACUUAAUGCAAUAUUAUAUAUAUUAUCAAUAUUAUUAUUAUCAAUAUUAAUAUUAUAGAAACCUUAUUAUUUAACAUAAUCCAUGAUUCUUUUUUGUACACACGUGUAACCUUAAACAUAAUCAUAAGCGUCUUGAGAAAUUAUAAGAAUGAUUUAAUAUAUUAUUUU